AUCUACUAAGUAACUAAGUACCGGUAGUAACUGCCUCCGUCAUGAUUUGAGUCGGGACUUGCCGCGUUCAGCGGUGUUACAUGGUACGCAAAACCAAUACUGACCACACGAUGAACAGUAGUAUAACGAUAAACAAGACCCCUGCUGAUGAAGUUCGGCCCUUUCCUCUAGUACCAGGCUCACCGUUCUUAUUAGGCUGCCGCUACCAGCGAAACAAAAAUUAGAACAACUGUCUGACACUGUCAGAGCCGAAAACAUACGGACGGCUUACCGUAACGAGCUAUGACUUCUGAAUCCCUUGCAACACAGACCAUUCAGGAAGCUAUGUCUUCUGAAUCCGAAUCCUCUGCAAUGCCGUCCACGGAGGAAGCUUCACCGCAACCGCAAAAACCAACACCAAAGCACGAAUUUGAAGUGCAUAAUGAAAUCGUUAUGUAUCUCGUCUUCUUGCACGACAACGUACACAUCGUGAGUUAUUCAGAUAGUGGCACGAUGUGCAAGUGGAACUGCAACACAGGACUUCUGGUCGGGGAACCAUGGGGAGACAAGGGGGAAGACGAGAGGGGAGGGAUAGCUGCACUAGUGCUUUCACCAGACGGGAAGACUAUUGUGUGCGGAAGGUAUGACGGAAGUGUUGAGCGAUGGGAUACCGACGGCAAUAUGAUUGAAGGCGAGUGGGCGGGUCAUGAUGGUGGGCGAGUGAAAUCACUGUCGUGGUCUCCCAGUGGAGACCAUAUUGCGAGCGGAACCGACAAAGGGAUGGUCCUGAUUCACAAAACAGAAAGCGGCGAAAUAGAGGUGGGCCCGAUCGAGACAAACCAGGAUUGGGUGGGUUCUCUUGCAUAUUCACCUUCAGGCGACAAAAUUGCAUCAGGCGGAUGGGAAACAAUCUGCAUUUGGGACACGAAAACAGGCCAGCUCAUGAUCGGCCCCAUAUGCGGAAUGGAGUGGCAUGUGGUGUCUUUGGUGUGGUCGUCAGAUAGCACAAAACUUUACUCCGCCUCAUAUAGAGAUGCACGGGUUUUUGAUAGUAGAUCAGGCACAGAACUUCAUCGCUUCGAGCACGACCACGACUUGGAUUCCAUCGCACUCUCACCCAAAUACAAUGUACUGGCGUGUGUGGGCGACCAGGGUAUCGCACAACUAUGGGAUACAGAAUCCUAUCAACCACUCGGCGAGCCAUUCAGCCAGGAUUAUUACAAUCGCCUUCACCAUGUGUCAUUCUCUCGAGAUGGGAGAUACAUCACACAUGGCGGGGACAACAACAAAAUAACUUUGUGGAUGGUCAAAGACAUAGCUCCUGAGCUUCCGUCACCACUGUCGUCCUGCCUUAAUGUCGACGCUACAAACCCUCUUGUGCAAUCGUGGGGUGAUGAUUACGGUGACUUUUUCCAGUCAUAUCAUCCUUCGGUACUAUCAGGCCCCUCCCGUCGCUCUCUGCGACUCCGUGCUUCCUCGGCUCGACACCUCUGGAACGUCUUCAUCCCCUCUCGUCACCAUCCAACAGCAAAUGAGGCCAUUGCGCUGCAACAACGCCCAAAGCGCAGUCUCUUCGCACGGUACACUGGCCCGCAGCCAGUAACAGUCGCUGCCGCAAGAAAAAAGGAGAGGUGCUGGAUAGCACCUCCCCCUAAGAAGACCAAUGCCAGACUGGCCAGUCGUCCUCAACGGCAGCUCAGCCUGCAGCAAUACCACAGUCCCAGCCCCAGCCCCAGCCUCAGCACCAAUCCCAAUCCCAGCCCCAGCCCCAGCUUCAGCCUCAGCACCAAUCCCAGCCCCAGCCCCAGCUUCAGCCUUAGUCUCAGCCUCAGCCUCAGGUACAGGUGGCGACACAGCAAUCUGCUCAAGUAGAAGACUAUGGUUGUUGGGGCAAUUUCUGCCUCGCACUCUGGUGCAUCCCACGCCGUCCUCGUGUUGUCUCCGCCGUUCAGCCUGUUACCUCAUGAGGUUACUUUCCCAAGUGUGCUUCGUCGUUCCCCACAUCUCAGUCCCUGGUUGACUUUGCUUUGAUGCCGCAUCAUAUAUGGUCACGUAUUCGGUCGCUUGUCUGCGCUUAAUUGCUGUCUCUUCACACAUCAGUUUUCCUGCUGUCCCUCGCACGCCUGUCUGGUUGGCGCUUCAUUAAAAAAAUGAUAAGCGGAUUAUACAUAAUUCUACAUUCCGCAGUAGUCAGAGGUACCCGUCUUGCAAUGAUCUCCU